UCAGUCAGUCAGUAAUGAAGCGGGAUAGGGUUAAUGAAGGGCAGAUGUGAUCAAAUAAUCUAAUAUUUGGAUGAUUUCGGGCUGAUUUGAGCAGAUAUGGAGUCACGGAUGCGUUUAAAGGGACGGUUUGUUUCGCGGAGUGAUUGAUUUUGGUCAAUGGGGAUUUUCUCGAAGAUUCACACAUCAUCAGACGUCAAAGAGUCAUUCACUGAUCUCGGAUCUGUUUUAAAAUCUUAAAUCGCGGAGAUGAAGCGGGUGAACAGUUUCCAGAGGUUUAUGAACAAUCGGGCGGCUGCAAACUGCCGUUAUCAGCCCACGUGUUAUGAGCACGCUGCGAACUGCUACACCCAUGCGCUCUUGAUAGUGCCAGCGUUUGUGGGCGUGGCGCUGUUACACAGGCUGUCAGACGACCGCUGGGAGCGAAUCACGGCGUGGGUGUACGGUAUGGGUCUGAUCGCGCUGUUCCUCUUCUCCACUGUUUUUCACAUCAUUUCUUGGAAGAAGAGCCACAUGAGGUCUAUGGAGCACUGCUUCCACAUGUGUGACAGAGUCGUCAUAUACUUCUUUAUCGCUGCCUCAUAUACACCAUGGUUGAAUCUACGUGAGCUCGGGCCGUUCGCUGCUCACAUGCGCUGGUUUGUUUGGCUGAUGGCGGUUGCGGGAACGAUCUACGUGUUUAACUACCACGAAAAGUAUAAGUUGGUGGAGUUGGCGUUUUAUCUGACAAUGGGCUUUUUUCCCGCAUUGGUGGUGACAUCAAUGAGUAACACUGAUGGGCUGUCUGAGCUGGCGUUCGGAGGCUUUGUCUACUGCCUGGGUGUCGUCUUCUUCAAAUCAGACGGCGUCAUUCCGUUCGCUCACGCCAUCUGGCAUGUUUUCGUUGCGCUGGCUGCUGCCAUCCACUACUACGCCAUCUGGAAAUAUCUCUACCGCAGCCCGACGGCGGAGGAGAUCAGGGAUGCUUGAGCACUUCUCGAAACUGAGCAGAACAUUUCCUCGGUGUUUCUCAUGUGUUCUCAUGCUAACACCAGUUUACCAGUAUGACCAUGCAAUGUUUACGGGUGAACCAAAAGAAAUGUGUCAUGAACAUGUCUGGGUCAUAUUUCACCCUAAAAUAGAAAAUAAGGAUUUAUAUUUUGCAUGAAUUUAUAUUUUGCAAUUCAAAAAUCCUCUUUAUUGAAUUUAAAAGCAGUACAACUAAUACUACCAUAAUGUAUUAAUAUGAUAUUAAUACAGUUGAUAUUACAUAUUAAAUAUAUGUAAAUACUCCAUAAAAAACAUUCCUUGCACAAAACAUAAUUUCAUAUUUAAAUUUUGGUGUGAAAUAUGACUAAAUAUCAUUUUUUUGGCAUGUUUUGCAAGACCUUUACUGUGUGUGUGUGUGUGUGUGUGUGUGUGUGUGUGAGUGUGAGUGUGUGUAGAGUGUGUGUAGAGUGUGUGUGUCUGUCUGUAGAGUGAGUGUGUGUAUGUGUGUGUGUGUGUGUGUCUGUCUGUCUGUAGAGUGUGAGUGUGUGUGUGUGUCUGUAGAGUGAGUGUGUGUGUGUGUGUGUGUGUGUGUGUGUGUGUGUGUGUGUGUGUGUGUGUCUCUGUAGAGUGUGAGUGUGUGUGUGUGUGUGUGUGUGUGUCUCUGUAGAGUGUGUGUGUCAGUAUUGUGUACAUUUUCUUAAAGCAAAUGGACAUUUAGCUUUUGUGAAUCACUUCUGUUAUGAUCUUUUGAUAAUUUUGCACACGGUAGCUUCAUAUCAUCCGUAGUGAAUCAUUUUGGUUUUUUUAUACCUCAGCUGAACUUCAGCUAGUUGUUUUCUACACUCUUGAUCUCUCCUUCCCCCAUAAUCCGCUCUUUGGGCAGAAUCUGAAAGUGUUGCGUAGAGGUUUGUCCUAUGCAGCACUUUUCUAACUGGAAGAACCACUUCUGUUUUAUAAUCCGGUUUUAUCGGGAGAAGGAUGCAUUGAUCAAUCUGUAUCUCUGUCUUGUUUUCCAGUAAUAUCCAAACAUCCUUAAAACAAGGUCAAAUUAAUCGAGAAGCAGAAUUGCUUAUUUCCAGAGAAUAUGUCUAGACUGGGUUUCUGUUUCGGUGUUGAGAUCUACCAUUUUUGGGUAAAUACACACAAUGUUUCUGUCACUUUACAGUUUUUCACUGCCCGAAACGCCUUGAAGAAGCACUUGAUGGUGCGUCUAAAAUUCAGCACAAUUUUCAAUUCAUAUUUCAGAAAAAUAUAUAUAUUUAUUUUUUUGAUUUUGCAUUGAAAUGACCCCAACCCAUUCUAGACGGGGUUUAUGAGGUUCAUCUGACUGGGGGAAGAGUUAUCAACUGAGAUUUAAGGGCAAAAAAUAAACAUUUGUUGGAGUCUUUCAUUAAAUAACAGUUACCACGUUGGGCCUUUGCAUGUGUAAUAUCACUUGGAAAUGACAAUUAUGUUCAUAACGUUCAUUUUCCACCACAGUAUCCUGCAGAUAUUCCCUCUAAACCAUCAGCCAAUGAACUUGUCAAAACUUUAGAUUACUGGACUACAUUUCCCAUCAUGCAACUCACCAUGCCUGUAUUCUGUGACCAGGGCUGUGUGAUGAAGAGGAUCAUGGGAAAGUGAGUUCUUUUAAACGUCUGUUUUCAUUCCUGUGACUUUAAUUGGAUUUUUUACGCCUGUGACACUGUGAAUGCGUUCAGCUGUGAUUAUAAACAAGGGUUGGAUUGUCUUGUUAACACAGAACCUGUUACAGAACUGAUGUGUUCUCAAUAACAACACUGUGUGAUUCAAUCUCAGAGAUGUGUUGCUAGCAUGCUACACCCUGGUGCAGCUUUAGCACAUUAUUUGAGGUGUUGUUAAGUUUCACUGUGGUUGAUAAACACAUGCUUUAUUUUUUCAUGAUUGUAAUAUCAAGUCGUUGGAUGAACUGUGUUCGGACUGCAUGAUCAAGAGUCAUUAUGAAUUGUAGAUCUCUGGGACAAACUGACAUUUGUAAUAUUUUCUACAUCCUGUUUCCCGGCACAUGAUUCUGCACUGGCCUUUUCACAUCCAACAGAAAAACCUCUCGGUGUUUGGUGCUGGUUUUACAAGACUGUGUGUCCAAUACUUACAACGUUUCUAAAGUGUUAAUAAAAGAAA